AUGGCCAAAGCCAUCUUCGUGUGUCUAGGUGUCAGCCUCCUCAUCAGCUUCUUCCUGAUCUAUUCUGCCUGGGAUGUGCUGGAGCCCUGGGAGAUCGGUUUGGAUUACAAUGUGAUCCUUCAGUCCAUUUCCCCCGAAGCGUGGGGCACUGGUAGACAUUGGCUUGGCUUGGGCCACCGUUUCGUGAAGUUUCCUUCUACGGUGAUUACUGUCCAGUUCUCCCAUGAUGCGGCAGAAGCAUCUGGGGGUCCGCUGCGAUCGCGGACGGCAGACGGAUUGGAAGUGUCUCUCGAGAUCUCGUUCCAGUACCAACUGGCCAAGGACAAUUUGUACAAGAUGUACACCACCUUUGGCCCAGAGUAUCACGAGCUCUUUGUAAAGAUGGGUAUGGACCUGCUGACUAUGGCAGCGACAAACCACAUUGCACGAGCCUUCUUCGUGAAUCGCACCAUGAUCGGCAACAUGAUGGAGCAUUCGCUGCGGGAACACUUUAGGCAGAAUGCCUUCGUGGAUGUGCCGCUCUUCCAGUUCCAGGCCGUUAGCUUGCCCGAGCAGUUCGAGACUGCCAUCAAAGAAACGCAGGUGGCCGAGCAGAAGAUUCGGCGGAAGCAAGCCCAGCAGCGGAUGAGGAUUGUGGAGUUCGAGACGGAGGUGAUCAAGGCGCAGCGGUAUGUUCAGGUGCGCAACCAGCACCGCGGCAUGAAAUCAGGAAGGCAGCGGCGCUUGGUGCGGCUGCUGCUGCCACUGCGGGAUGUGGAAGACGCCCCCGCUUUCGCGCGGGCGUUGGAAGGAGAGGUUGCCGCUGCAACCCGGCAGUCCGUGGAUUCCGUGGAGCUCGUGAGCCUGGACUGCGGCGAAGGCCUGGCCGCCUCUUUCGCCCUGGGCGGCGGCGAAGCGGUGGCCGCGGCCUCGCUCGGGGCCGCGCUCGCGCGAGGCAAUGUGGGCGGCUUGCUGCAAGGAGGGCAGGUGCAGCUGGUCACGCAGAGGCUCCGCACACCAAUCCAGGACAGACUCCGAGGAGCUAAGCAGCAGCCUGUCGGAGCAGCUGGCUCCUCUCAGCCAGCAGCCUCCGCAGGCGCUGCGCGUUCCGGGGAGCCAUAUCCGGCCCAUGUGCCAGCCGCUGGCCUUCUUGACGACAAGGUGGCUGAGCUGCUGGCCACCGCGGGGGUGGUGUCGAGGGAGCGGCAGCUGGCGCUGGAGCGGCGCCAGGGGAAGAUGGAGAUCAAAAUCCGGAUGCAGCAGGCUGCGUUGCAUCUCAGAGCUGCUGGUGGCCUGUACAUGCUGCACCGCUGGCGCCGCCGCAAUGCAAAGAAGGUGCGCGCCUGCCUGAAGCUGCAGUCGCAUUGGCGGAGCCUUCGGUUCCGCCGCUUGGUAGAGGAGAGGUUUGGGCAGCGCCGCCUUGCCCGGCUGCAGCUUCAAUCCUGGUUUCGGGGCAUCUUCGGCCGCCGGGCCGGCGUCAGGAGGUUCCGGGCGCUGCGGGCCUUUGGGCGCGUGGGGCGCCUCGCCCAUGCUGCGGCGCGUUGGCUGCGGCGCGCCCGGCGCUGUCUCGCAGCCGCAGGGUGCAUUGGCCGCAGCUGGCGGGGCUGCCGGGCACGGAGAGAGUUGGCCGUGCGGCGCCUGGGCCUGCGGCUGCUCCAGGCGGCGCUGCGCCAGAGCGUGGCGCGGGCGCGCGUGCUGGAGCUCCACCGGGCCAGCGAGGUGAUUCAGGAUCAAGUGCGUGACUUCCUGAACCGACAAGCCGUCAAGCGCGUGAAAGAAAUGCAGAAGCGCUUGGUCGAGAUGCAGGCUAUGGCAGCUGAGAUCGUGAAGCAGGCGGCUGCUCUGAGACCUGAAGGAGCUCAGCCAGAGACGGACGCUUGGGACCGGGACACCGAGAGCCUGAGCCUUGCGGCAGCUGUAGAUUGCUUGAAUGCCACCCAGCUUCUGGCAGCAACAGCCUUCGGCGAGAUCCUGGACCUGUUUCAGGGCGACGCCGCGAAGCUGCUGAAGUACAUGAAGGUGCGAGCAAUGCGAGACCAUCCCUCGGAGCACUCGGUGCUUGGAAUCAGGGAUGACAUUGAUUCUGCACAACCGGCACCUGCUUCUACGGGUGCAUGA